AGGGAGAUGGAGCGAGAGAGGGCCACAUUCCGAGCGGAUCACGGAUGCUUAUAGAAGCGUUGCGUAACGGCGUCAGACGGACGGCGAAACCGCGGCUGCUGUUCUGCCCGUCGACAACUUUCGACAAGUUCGAGUUUCGAAAAACGUUCCUCUCUCUCCUAUAACUAGUCCAUCCAACCUGCUGGAGCGGUGGAUAAAUCCAACAAAUCCGGACAAACUUCGUCCCCGUACAAGUGUGUUGUACCCCCGAUCGCGCCGGACCUCCUCUCCAGAUCCGCUCUCCCCUCAGCCUUCCGUGCGAAGGGAGAGGAGGACACUUCGUUCUUUCUCUCUCGGUGGCGCGAAACGCACGCGAGAUGGCCGCGUGUUAGAUAAAAGUCGAUUCGAGGAAUCGGAGGAAAAAGUGGGAAGGAAGGAGGAAGUGAAAGAAGAUUAUCGUGACGAGUGAUUGUGAUGAUGGUGAUGGUGGUGAUGGUGGUGAUGGUGAUGAUGAUGGUGGAAUACGGUGGUGGACGGUGAAGAUCUCUCGACGGGGGUGUAUCGAUUCCCGAUUUCUCGAGUCCGAGUGUUGGUGUUUCAAGGCCGCUCGAGCUCGCAGUUUCGCAGCGGGGGAGGGGGAGAGGGAGACGCGAUCGAGAUCACCGUCUGUGGCCGUUGUUGCGGUCCUCCUGUGGAUCUCCUUGGUUCCGGGGGUUCGAGGGGAUUUUCGACGAUGCGAUUUCUCUCGCCGCCGUUAAUACGUCCGACUAAAAACGGCGACUAAAAUUAAACCGUGUCGAAUCCUAGAGCGUUCUCGUCUAGCCUCGGUUCGGGCUGAAUCUAUAGUAUUUAUAGAUCGUACACAAAGAAGAAGAAGAAGAAGAAGAAGAAGAAGGGAAAAUCCGUAUCCUUGACAUCGAAAAAUCCGAUCGAUGAAAAGUUUUUUUCUCUCUCCCCGAUCUCUGACUCGCGAGUCGAGCUCUCGAUCCUCCCCCUCCCCCGCUUCGAAACAACGUUGCAACAACGUUAUUGCGCGCCAACUUGUUUAGAUUACGUUCCUUUCCUCCCUUUUCUCUUUCAAUUCUCUCAUCCUCCUCCCUCGCGAUCGUUUCUCUCGCCGAGAAGAGAGCGUGUGCGAAUGUGAGAAGAAGCCGUGAGUGAACCGUGUUGGGUGAUAUUGCAGAGGCGAGUCGUCGUGGCAGGAGGAAACGCGGAGGAAACGUGGAGGCGGAUGGAAGAGGGAAGGAUGAUGACGGAGGAGCGAGGUACGGGAAGGAGGCGCGUGUGCGAUCUCUGGUAACGGGCCGUCACCACCACGACGACGACGACGAAGACGACAACGACGAGGACGAGGACGAGGACGAGGACGGCGACAACGACGAAGACGACGAGGACGACGACGGCGGCGGCGAGGACGACGAAGGGAAGGACGAGGGGAGAAGGGAGCGGCGCGUCCACGGCGACGACAACAACCGGCGCGAUAAAUAAAGGGGGGAGGGACGAGGAUUACGGCGUGGGUGGUGGGGAGACGAGUUGGUGGUGGAGGAGGAGGAGGUGGAAGAGUCGGAAGUGGUGUCGAGGAGGAUGCAGCAACAGCCACAGUCCGGCGAGCAGUCCGGGGCGCCGAACGGGGUUGCGGGCGGCGGCCAAUUGCCGCAAACAGGUGGCAUAAGCUCGUCCCAAGCUGGAGCGACGGGUACAGCCACGGCGGGGUCUAACCGAGCCCAGGUGAACGGAGGAAGAUUCGAUUUCGACGAUGGCGGCACCUACUGCGGCGGUUGGGAGGAUGGGAAGGCUCACGGGCACGGGGUGUGCACAGGGCCGAAGGGCCAAGGCGCGUACUCGGGAAGCUGGCACUACGGGUUCGAGGUCUCCGGUGUCUACACCUGGCCUAGCGGAUCGGUUUACGAAGGCCAGUGGCAGAAUGGAAAGCGGCACGGGCUUGGCAUGGAGACCCGUGGACGUUGGAUAUACAGGGGCGAGUGGUCGCAAGGAUUCAAGGGUCGAUACGGUGUCAGGCAAUCGACCACGUCCACUGCGAGGUACGAGGGAACGUGGUCGAGCGGUCUUCAGGAUGGAUAUGGUUCAGAGACCUACGCCGACAGUGGCACGUAUCAAGGCCAGUGGUACCACGGGAUGAGGCACGGGUACGGAGUGAGGGCGAGCGCCCCAUUCGGUCUGGCGAGCCAUUACAAGCCCUCGAAGCAAGUGAGGGCAUCCCUCACGUCCCUGAGGAGCGCGGACGAUGGUGGGGCGGUGGCACCGACGCCGGAACCGACCGACAGAAGGGAUCGCCGCGUGGGCGACAGUAGGGGCGGUUUCGUGCUCAAAGCGAGGAGCGACAACCCGCCCGCGAGGAGGAAGAGCCUCACGGAGAAAUCGUUGAAGAAGGGUAUCCUUUCGGGGUUGAAGAUACGAAAGCAGAGGAGUACGGGCGAUUUGGAGAAGCACGGAACCGGGGGCAGCAUCAGGAGCAAUGCGAGCUCGGCUUCGUGGAUGUCGACGGAGAGCUCGCAGAGCCAGGCCUCGGCCUCCGUUCACACCGACAGUAAUGCGUCCUUCGUCAUCGAGGACGAGCAGAUGGACGCCUCGGUGACGGAGACGUAUCUGGGCGAGUGGAAGAACGACAAGAGGACGGGUUUCGGUAUAUCGGAGCGGAGCGACGGGCUUCGAUACGAGGGGGAGUGGUUCAACAACCGGAAGUACGGUUACGGGGUGACGACGUUCCGGGACGGGAGCAAGGAGGAGGGCAAGUACAAGAACAACGUGUUGAUCACCAGCCAGAAGAAGAAGCAUCUGUUCCUUAUCAGAUCGGCCAAGUUCCGCGAGAGGAUAGAGGCGGCGGUGAGCGCGGCUCAAAGGGCGAGCAAGAUUGCCCUUCAGAAGGCGGACAUCGCGAUAUCGAGGACGGCCACGGCGCGAGGAAGGGCGGAGUUGGCCGACACGGCGGCCGAGCAGGCGAGGGAGGACUCGGAACUGGCCCAGCAGACGGCGAAGCAGUUCGCGCCCGACUUCAGGCAGCCGGGGCUGGAGAGGUUGAGGAACAGGGAGAUACCCAAGUACGUGCCCCCGCCCCAGGACACGGUGCCCGGCAAGAGCAUUCUUCACAAGGGGGAUCAGGGGUCGACGCCCGUCAAGAGUGCGACCUCGUCUUCGCAGCAGGAGGGGGCGUCGGCCACGACCACGGCCAGCAACGUGAUGCAGUCGAUCAGGAGGGCGAGCAUGAAGCCGCAACAAUCCCAGAAUCAGAUCCAGAAUCAAUUGCCGCAGAACCAGUUGUCGCAGUCCGAGCUGGCGAAUCAGGUGACCCCCGCCCAACUGGUCAACCAGCUGCCUCUCAAUCAAUUGAACCAGACCGUUUACCAAUAUCCUCAGUCGAUGGUUCAGAGCCCUGUCCAACAACAGGCCUACCCCAACAGUAUACCGAAUCAGUAUCAGCUGCCGAUGAACCAGUUCCAAGGGAGGGGUCAAUACGGGGGCCAGAAUCAGUAUCAAGGUAGCCCUUACAGCAAUCAACCUCAAUACCAACCCGUGAAUCCGAUUCAAGGGGAUCAGUAUCUGUACCAGCAACAACAAUCGAUCGGUCAACAAGGGUCGUAUCAGAGCGUGCAACAAGCUUAUCCUAAUCAGCAGCAACAGCAGCAGCAGACGUUGGCGAAUCAAUACGGGCAACAAAGCCAGACGAAUCAAUACAACUCCCAGCAAGUUUACGGGCAACAGCAGCAGCAAUUACCGGGCCAACCGCAAACCCAAAUUCCGCAACAGUACCAACAGGCAGACGGUGAGCCACCACGGCCGCCGAGCUCCACCAGCAUACGAAGGAACAGCAGGGUCCUGACGGCGCAGGAUCGACCGAACACGAUCGGGCAAACGUUGAACGACAGGCUAGACCAUUACAAGAGGCCGCCCAGCCGUGACAGUUCCGUGGAUCGUUACGCAAGAGCGCAUUCCCGAUUGACCGGAUCGAGGCAGCCGUCCGUCGAUAAAACAGUCACGAAUCCGGACACGCUCGACAGAUCACAGAAACAAUUGACAAGCGAACAACACAGCCAAGUCUCUAGCGCGAAGAGAAACGUUAAUCAAAGAAGAUUUAACGCUUGGAUCUACGAAUCUAGAUCGACGAGAGCGCCAAGCGCGAUCCGAUCGAGCACCCCGCUCAACGGGUCCGUGGUGGGUAGCGGCGCGGCGACGCCCACGUACGCCGCAUCGACCUCCUCCCAAUUCGAGGGGGCCUUGCUGAGGAAUCGUAGCCUCGGACAGGACAUUCUGCCGAGUCCUGGCCAGCCCAAGCGCACCGAGAGCCUCUACGUCACACCCGGACGCGGCUCGACCGCAUCCGGCGCCGGAGGCGGCGGAGGCGGCUUGUCGAAGGACGCAGGCCGGACGGUCCCCGCCUUCGCCGCAACGUCAAAGGGCCGCGCAACCCUAUGAGUAUAAGUAUUAUAAUAAAUAUGUACACACGCACGCACACACAUACACACACAUAAACACACACUGCGAUUCGACCGAACGACGCGUUUCGAACGUUGACGAAUUGACUCGAUGAAACGAGUUGCGAGUUGAAGUUGCGGUUCGUGACUAGACCCUGGAUUCUUUGCCUUGUAUCAAGAACAAAUACCGAAACGAAUAAGGAAAACGUAUGAACUAAUUUAUUUUCUAGUUGAGUUAAGAUCAAGAUCUUGUGGAUCGAUAACGUGUUUUAUUCAUCGAGUGUGUAUGUAUGCGUGUGUGCGUGUGUUAAUAGAAGUCAAUGUCGCGCCCGAAGGAUGUGCAGCUAACUUGCGGCCUAACCGUUCAAAUUCAAUUAGAACGUCUCCACGCAAAUGGAUGAAACACGGUGAUUAACGUAACGUUCGACUGUUCGAGAAUCUGGGGUCUAUUCGCGACAAAGGCCAAUAUUGUUUCGAGGCGCAUUUCUUGUACAUUCCUCUGUCGACGAAUUAUCGGUAAAGGGAUCGUUUAACCCUUUCGGGGAAAAUUCGGUUCGUUUCUUUGCACUUUCGGGUUUUUCGAAUUCGAGGCGCGAAAGGCGAACCGAGAACUGUUCCUUUUCCCAAAGUCGCGAAACGAUCUCGCGCGCACACACACGUAGAUAUGUAUAUAUAUAUAUUACAUUCCAACAGUGCGUGUGUCUUGUAACCCUUUGCCCAAUCAACGACAAAUUUUCUUAUUCCUAUGGAUUUCGACUCAAAGUGAUUUCAAAUGCAAAACUAUUAUAUUUUGUUAUAAUAUUUCUUUUUUUAUCAAUUUACGCUAUUCUUGUAAAGAGUUUGAGGAUUUGUUCACGAGAUAUUCUAAAGAAACUCGAGUGCAAAGGGUUAACGUUGGACGAACACGCGUUUCCAUAGGGAAUUUUUGUUCGAUGCGUUUCCUUCCCUACCGACCGAGUUCGGCGCGCGUGGCCGUGUACAUUACACACAGGGUGUAUUCAUCGGUUUACACGAGCGAUUCUGGGCGACGUGUUAAACGGAGAGAGAAGGAAGCGUUGUUUGGUAUGCGUGGAGAAAAUAUUUUCAGAUUCGACCAUUUAAUCUCGAUGGAGGCGUGUGCGCGCGCCAGACAGGGGCAUUAGGGUAAGGUUAUAACAGCGGGAACGAUGUCGAGUAUCGUUUCGAAAGAGGUUAGGGGAAAAGGGAAGGGAAGUAUCCUUACGCAAUCGCGAAAUACGCGACGCUCUCGACGAGGAAAGAGAGAGAGAGAGAGAGAGAGUCGCGUUGGAGAAGAGAAAACGUAUCCAGAUGAUCCAAUAUCGAUCGUUGUCCCGUCGAAUAUGUUGGAGAAUAAAGAGAGGUGUCGUGAGUCAUGCGCGUUCCUCCGUAAAAAAAAGUUUCUUGGCGCAAAUUGAAAGGUGUUUGCCUCGGGAAGCGGUUCUGUUUACCAGACUUCUCCGCCGCGGAAAGAUAAAGAUCGUUGUUCGUUAGCCUUACCCUAACACAGCCGGCGGUCGGGUCGCCUCGAAAUUCUCGACACGUGAAUAAGAGAGGAGAAGAACCUCGUACCUGGUUGUAGAUUGUUACUAGCUAAGUAUAGUGGAUAAUUCGCGUCGUUGAUCGAUAUUAGAUUCGCUUGGGACCCUUUCGGCCUCUCUCCAUCCCUUCUCCAUCUUUUUCGCAAUUUCUUCUCGCCAAUAAUAAAGAUUUAAGAUUCGUUGAAAAUUCUUCGAGGUUUUCCUUCUCGAUCUCGAUAAUAAGAUGGCGUUGUUGAUCGAGGCUGAAAGGGUUCGAACAGAUUUGAACGAAGCGAGCAAAAGUCAUUCUUUCCGCCAUUUCGUCACAGAGACAGAAUUAUUUUUCUAUGAGAAGCACGAUAGAAAUAUAGUGGAAAUGGAUGGAACGGAUAUUUAACGAGAGAAGUUUUCACGAUCUCAAUUUUGCGAAUAUUCCUUCGAUCGGAUAAUUUUCCGUCGAGAGAAAGGAAAGAAUAAAUGAAUAAAUAAAUGUAAAAUUCUUCGCGAAUCGAGAUGUUUUCUUGUAGAUUCUUCGUGGAUAAAAAAAGAAAGAAAGAAAUGAAAAUAAAAUACAGACAGACGAGUGGAAACAGAUAUUUACAGAUCUGUUCAAAAUUUCCAAAAGAAGGAAGAAGAAAUAUUCGCUUUUUAAAUUCCAUAAAUUACGCGCUUUUCGUAUUUUCGUAAGCGAGAGCCAAUGACCGAUAACAACACAUUGUAACCGUUUAAUUUUCGUUCUCUCUUCUUUUUCUUUUUCUUUUUUUUCCCCUCCCCUCUCUCUUUUCGUUCCUCCUUUUUCUUUUCUCUUUUUUCAUCGAUCCACCAACCAAGCAAAUAAUUUUUCCACGAAACGAUCGAUCGACGAGAAACGAGCACGCAUCUCUAUAUACACAUACAUACACGCGCACAGAAAAUGAUUUCAACUCGUUUUCGAAACGACGGUGUUACGUCCAUUAAAUAAGCCAAGUAACGAUGCACUAUACGAUGUUACGUCCAUUAAUUAAGCAAUUCAAGGAAUCAGAAAGGUAAGGCUCGCGCGGUGUGGAGGCGGGGACCGGUUUUUUUGCAAUUUUUUCACUCUAACUACCACUAUUUGUCUCUCUCUAUUUUUUCUUUCCUUUCUUUUUCUUUUUUUUACCUCUCUAACCUAAGCUUUUUCUCUCUCCUUUGUCUUAACAGCAACAACGAAUAUCCUAAUAAUAUUGUCAUAAAAUUACAAUACAUUCUUUCAUCUAUUCCUUGCCGCGUGUUAAUUGUCCAAUGCGUACUCUCUCUCCCCCCUUCAUCGAAGUCACGUUCCCCCACGUUUAUUUGGUAACUUGUGAAUGACUUUACAUAUAUAUAUAUAUACAUACACACACACACAUUACAUGUAUACAUAGAAAAAUCUUCUCUACCCUCCACCUCCACGCCGCUUGUUUUCUCCUGUUUUUUGAUUCAGAUACAUUAUUUUUCUAACGCAUGCUUCUCUGUGACGUAGCGUCACUCUCUCUCUGUAAAAUUUAUGAUAUAUAUAUAAAAUUUGUAGAUAUAAGUAUAUACGAGAAAAAUUACGUAGGCGUAAGGUGUAAUUAAUAUUUAGUUACAAUAAUCGUAAUAUACGAUAAUAUACGUAAGGAUGAAUAACCCUUUCGAGAGCAUUUGCAAGCUCAACAACGAAACGAGGAGGAUAAUAAUAUUUUAUUAGAGAACUAUAAUCCUUUCCCUCAAUUGAAACUUGAUGAAAGAAGGAAGAUCUUUUUUUAUAGAUUUUUCCUCGAAGGAUUCUCGGAUAUAUCGAUCGUGGACAGGUUUUUCUCUUUUUUAUUUUUUUCCUUUUACUUCUCGAGGGGGUUGUUGACGAGAAAGCAUAAAUGUCGGUUACCAAAACGUGCAUUAUGAAAAUACUAUAUAUACUAGUGAAUUUAACUUCUCGACGUACCUUUGAAACAUUCCCUCUUGUUCGAGCUAGAACUUAGGGGAUUAUUAUUAUUAUUAUUAUUAAUUUUGUGCAUUAGGUACGACUAAACACACACUGACGUUAAAUAAAUAAAUACAUAAUAUAUAUAUAUAUAUAUUUAUAUAUAUUUCGGGAUUCUCUAUUUUGAUCACUGAUUUUUCACAGUACAAUCACGAACGCUUUUGAUGCGCCACGUUGAAUUUACUCGAAUAAAAGGAAGAGAUACAAAGUGUAUAAAUUUUUCCAUCAAUAUAAUACAAUAUCGCCUAAUUGUUGAAAAGACACGUUGCUCAAACUACGUACUUGCAUAUAUACACACGUACACACGUAAACACAAACGCACUCGUGGUAAUUAAGAAUUUUUACGAGAAAUUUUUCUACGAACGAACGAAAAAAAAAAGAAUCUCAAGAAUUAUUUCGAAAGAUACUUUUUUUUCCUCCAGGAAGAGGAAUUUUUUCGGAUUCAACGUGGUUGCAAUUGUACCUCAACAAUGGUCGUGCCUAAAGAAACGAACACGGAAGAAGAAGAAGAAAAAAAGAAAGGAAUAAUAAUAGAAAGAAGUAAUAGAAAGAAGGGGUGGGGGAAAAAGAAAAGGAUGAUAUCGAUCGAACGAAACCUGGAAUCCUUGCGCGGAAGUAAUUUAGACGAGGCUCAGAAUCGAAUCUCUCCGAGUUCCUUCGAUUUUCAAACCGAACUAUUUUUUACGCGAUUUAAUAUCGACUCACACGAUUAACUGUUCAAGUGCCAAGCUUUCCGAAAGUGUCUUCUCACAGGCAGCGCGAAAGAAGAAGAAAAGAAGAUAUAUGAAAACGAUUAUUUUUCUCGAUAUCAAGCUUACUGCAAUUUUAUUUUUUUUUUUUAGGAAGAAAGAAACUAGAAGCGUAUAAUUUUAAUUAAAAAAUUAUCUUUCGUUUCAUUAUAUCUUGAAUUCACGCGAGUUGAAGAAAGAAAAGGAGAAA